AUGCGAUCCGCCGCUGCCGUCUUCAUGGGGGGGGGCAGUCGGGCGCACACAGGGAAAUGUCCAAGCAUGCAAUUAUUUUUUAAGGUAAUGUACAAAGUCAAAAAGCAGGGAAAAAACAAGGGUUCCAAGGUGAGAGCCAGGAUUCAGUGUCUGCUCUGCCGCUCGCCGUCCGCCAUCCGCCAUCCGCAGGCAAAGGCUCAGCACGGGCUUGGGGCCUCUGGGGUCCGUGUGUGUGGUGGGGGGGGGGGCGUCCUCUGCUUUCAGGCCGAGAGCUGCAGGGACAAGUGGAAACCAGGUGUCAAUCAGAUCCAUGUCCCUCCCUUUCCCACCCCGGCUCUGCCCAUGUCCCUCCUGUCCUACCCCGGCUCUGCCCAUGUCCCUCCUGUCCUACCCCAGCUCUGUCCUACCCCGGCUCUGCCCAUGUCCCUCCUGUCCUACCCCAGCUCUGCCCAUGUCUCUUUCUGA